AUGAGCCUAUUUGUCUCGCCAGUCUGCAAUAUGGAAAAUGUUGAUUUCGAGGGCUCAAAGAAGGUUCUGUUAAUUGCGGUUUCCUCUGAGACAGUGUGGGCUGAAAAGUUGACGGAAAUGGGUCAAGGCAAACACCACAUUGGUGACUUUCUCCCUCCGGACGAAUUGGAACGGUUCAUGGAGACGUAUCGAGCUCUGAAGGACGGUCGUGAACCCGACUAUUCAGACUACAAAAACUUCAAGCUGACUUGCGAGAAUGUCGGCUAUCAGAUGCUAGAGAAGAUGGGUUGGAAAGAGGGCGAGGGUCUGGGUGCCGCUGGACAAGUAAUGUCUGAGGUCGACGAGCGUUCCCGUGGUGGACCUGAGUCGCAGAAGGUCUCGGUUGGUCAGCACUCAUGCCAAAAAUGCAAAAACCCUAUCUACCUUACUGCGGAUCUUGAACAACUCCGAGGUCCGGAUUUAUCCUCCAUUAUUGGUGAAGAGAUUUCCACCGGUGGCAGCUUUUCUCCCGACCAACAAACGUCACCUUCAUUAGUCAUGUACGAAAGCGUUAAUGCUUACCUCUUUGAUAUCCUGAGUGGCCGGGUCAAACCCGAUCAUCCUAUGUGUCAGGAAUGCGCAGAUAUUCUUAUCAACACCCAGAAGCAGUUACUCGAUUUCCAAUUGGAUGAAUUGUCCUGCCUCCAAGCUUACCUCAGUCAGCUGAACGCUAAGUCUGCCGCCUCCCCCACCGACGAACAGCCUGUUAGCGCAACGGCGGACACUCCAUCUACCACAUUUUCUGGUCAGGAUCAGGUUUUCUUUCCGCCCGAGUCUUUGGGUACAGGAAUUUCAACAGAAAAAUCAUCCCCGUCUGCUCUGCCAGGGGAAAUCUCGUCGGAUGUGCCGAAUGAAAGUUCCUGCUCCUCCUUUGCUCGGUAUCCUUCAACGGACACUCCAACCACGACGCCAGUUCCUCUUCCAAGCGGGGAUCCCCCCAUCUUCCGCUGCAAUACUGCCAAUUCAGAUCUCGAACUUUCACCCGAGGAAGCUGAGUUGGCUUCUCUACAAGAGGAGUUAGCUCGCGUUUUGAACGAGUCCAAACUCCUGGAUGAGCAGAUCGAACGGGACUCGGCAGAAUUACAGCUUCGACAAGAAGAGUUGGACCAUGCUACAACCGAGUACAACGAAAACAAGCUCAUUCUCCUUGAGGCCGAGGAAUCACUGGGUGUGCUCGAAGCGCGUCUUCGCGACGCACGCUACCAGUUUGAGCGGCUUCGUCGAACCAACGUCCUCAAUGCUGCCUUCCCCAUCUGGUAUGAUGGCCACAUUGGUAUGAUUAAUGGACUGCACCUAGGGCGCCUUCCAAACAAACCGAUCGAGUGGUCCGAAAUUAACGCCGCCUGGGGUCAAUGCGCUCUGCUGCUGCAAUGCCUGGCAAGGAAGCUGUCCCACACAUUUGCCGUGUACUCCAUACUUCCGCUGGGAAAUCAGUCGCAAAUUAUUCAAUUAGCCACUGACAGGGCCUUCCCUCUUUACAACUCUCCCGGAAGUAUUCGCCUUUUCAAUGCCGGAAAAUUUGACACCGCCAUGACAAUGUUUCUGGAGUGCGUGAAUCAACUGCGGGAGAUAGUUGAGCGGCCUCCGAAGUUUGAACUGCCUUAUAAAAUCCUGGACAAGGGUCGAAUGCGUGAUUUGGAUAACCAGAUUUAUUCAAUCAGACUCACCGGAAGCAGCGAAGAGAACUGGACAAAAUGCCUGAAGAUGCUGCUCAUCAAUCUGAAGUGGAUGAUCGCUUCGACGGUGGUGUCACGAUAG